AUGGUUAAAUUAGAGGGGCUUAGUCAGCAUUUCGCGCUUCGCCCGAUCAGCAGUGAACAAGAUCUCAAAAGUUAUAAGCGAUUUGCUGUUGAGGAUCAUAUACCUGCGGCUCGCGAAGAAUUUAGGCUUAGUGACGGUGUGUGGUUUAAUAACCAUGCUAAUGUGUUGGAUAAGGCUAAACGGUCGGGAUCGGACACCUGGCUGUCUAGACCUGACCAAUUCUGCAUCUAUCGCGUCGAUGGUCAAAUAAAUACCUUACUAACAACCGUCGAAUAUAAACCCCCGCAUAAACUUUUGGUACAGACCAUACGCGAAGGGUUUCGACCAAUGGAGUUUUGGCAGGAAAUUGUCAAACCAGACACUAUACUAGCAGAUGGGCCUGAAAGGCAGAGGUACAAUGCUGUACGGCUAGCUGGGUCUAUGGCCGUCCAACAAUUCCAUGGAAUGAUAGAGUAUGGUGUCGGAUGCUCUUUUAUUAUAAAUGGCCUUAUGGAUGUGCAACUGUGGGUGCCUAACGAUGACCUAACCACGUUAUACUACAAUAUAGGCGAGGAGCCGUGGACUAGAGCCUGGCGUAAUGCCGCUCAAAGCAAGUUGCCGAAAUGGCAUUUAGUCCUUGAUAGCGACCGUUCCCAGCUCCUAGUGGAGAGUUCUUUAGACUCUGAGGCCGACCCUACUGCAUCUGCAGGACGGAAGCGGGGCGGCCAAUCUCACUCCCAUGAUGCCCCUUAUUGCACACAAAAGUGCCUUCUCAGGCUACAGCAAGGCGGCGUGCUUGACCCGGAGUGCCCCAACACGAAGCUGCAUAUGCUCAGUAGAAGGGCCGACCACCAUCCAAUUAGCGCCACUAACUUAGUGAAAAUGCUCAAGCUGCAGCUAGAUUGGGAUCUGGAUCAUAACUGCACUCCCAUCGGCCCUUGUGGGUCCUCUGGGGCACCAUUUAAGAUUACAGCAAUUAAUCUGGCUCUAACCUACUUCCUCUACGGCGCGGGAAGGAUCCGUCAUAUGCUUCUUAUAGGCUGGGGUGGUGAGACCGUGGGCGAUCCUCCUUUAGAUAAGAUCAUCCAGCAUGCGAUUUCUCGGUCGGUGAAGGAAAUCCGUCGUUUUAGGGUUGUCCAUCAAGAUCUUCGUCCGGACAAUAUCUUAUGGAAUGCUGAGCUCGGGCGACUGUGCACCUUGGACCGUCAAUUGCUGCACAAACACCCAGGCGCUCUCAAACGAUUACAGUGUGGUCCUGAAGAACGUCACUCCAAGCGGGUGCGUGUGGUAUGA